AUGUUCAAUCAGAUUCCGUCGACUCCUAGUCCUUUUGUGGUUCCUCCGUCUUCCUACUCCGCCGCCAACAUCAACAUCAACACCAUGGAGGCGCCUCAUUAUUUGCAGGGGGCUUCUGAGGACGUGAAGCAGAAGCAUGCGUACAUUUCUUCUGUGCUUUCGCGGGGCAAAAUGACGGUUCCCAUGCUCAAGAGCGUUCUUAAGAGCCUCAACCUGGGCACGACCGGACUCAAGCAAGUGCUCAAGGAGCGGCUCAUGUACUACGUGACUCAAGUGACGACUACAGACAUGUUCUCGCAUCGGAUAACGACCAUGUACGAUCUGAUCAAGAGCGAACUGAAUGGAACCGCCAGCCCCGUGGCAGCCUCGACUAAUCGAGGUCCUUACAAUACGGUCUUCUACAGCCCACCGCAAGCGCAAACGGUGGCUGCCAAGGUGAAGACCAUGCCGCCGCAGUCGGACCUCGUGGUCAGCUUACCGCCGCCACUCAGCUUUUCCAAUACGCCAUUCUACAAGAUCAAAGAGGCGUUACUACCCGGAAUGAUCUUGUCCAAAUCAGCCGAACAGAGAGUCACACGCAUGGAGUUCAAGCUGCCCGAGUACUACAUCCGCGCCGUCGAGGAGGAAGCCGAGCAACGCAAACAAGGCACGAUCUAUCCGAAAUACGGCGUUCGGCUUUUUGGGCAGAUUCUGCAACCGGAGUGCACCUCCAAAACAGCCUCGUGCGAGUUUCCCAUCGCUCUGCAGCUCAAGGUCAACGAUAAGGCCGUGGAGGCCAACACACGGGGUAUGAAGAACAAGCGAGGCACUACGGUGCCGCCUGACGUGACUGACCUGAUAAAACCGCAAAAAGCAACCCAGAGAUUGGAGACUUAUUAUUCGCAUUGUGCCGAAAUCAGAUACGGAAUUUGGGCCUAUGUUGUGGAGGCACAGUCCAUGACGCAGGUGCUCAACGACAUCAAGACCAGACACAUUCUUCGGGAUAAACCGCUGGAGAUUAUUAGGUCGUUCUACAGCGAUGAAGACGUGGUGGUGGACAAUUACCCCCUGAAGCUCAAAUGUCCGAUCUCCUUCUCUCGAAUGGAAGUGCCUGUUCGAUCUGUGUUCUGCAAACACGUGCAGUGCUUUGACGGCCGGUCGUUCUUGCAAAUGCAGCAUCAGGCCGCCCAGUGGCGAUGCCCCGUUUGUGACGACCCCAUGUCGUACGCGUCUCUAGCCGUGGAUGACUUUAUGAGCGAGAUUCUGGCCCAUGCGCCGGAAGGGGCUGAUAGUGUGUCUCUCUUAAAAGAUGGCUCGUACGAGAUUCCUCAGGACGAUAGUGAUGGGGAAGCCAGUAGUCCUGAACCUGACUGGUUGAAGAAGCGGCAUCCUGAUCCUCCGUUGGUUGUGUCCUUGGACUCUGACGAUGACGACGAUGGAAACAACAACAGCAGCAACGCAAAUGACUCUACUGCCGCCCCUGCGACUGCCUCUCCUACACCGUCUAGACCUCAGACCAACGGUACUCAUUCCAACGGAAGUGCACGAUCCAGUCUUGGAGACACAUCUCGCAGCACAGCUGCCACGUCAGUCACGUCAGCCACACACGCGCCUUUAGAGCUCCCACCACCUGAACAAUACCAGCAUCCUCUUCCUGUGCUUCCUGCUACAGCCAAUCAGGCUUCACCCGAGCAACCCCAACAAUCUCCCUCCUCACGGCCCGAACGGUCUGGAAGCACGCAUUCUACAUCUUCCAUUCCCGAGCCCAAACGCCGACGAACGUCGCUCGACUUUGCCCUGCCUCCCUGGACCGGCGGCAUACUGGGUGACGCGUCCGCUUACCCGGACGUGAUCACCAUGGUGGACGAUUCCAGCUCCGAUAGCACGUCGCCACCGCGGAAUCUGCCCACGCUGCCGAAAACGUACUCACACAACGACCUAGGUCUGCCGUCGUGGGAGUCGGGCAUCUUUUCGUCUAAAAAUACUAACAAGCUCACUUCAGCCAGCCCCGACACUGCGGCCACUUCUGUGAGUCCCAACGCCAAUGGCAAUGGCACUCCUCUGGGCCGAAGUAAUGCCGUCAGACGCGGCCCUCGACCCCAAAAGACCGUCGUAGAGGUCGUUGAUCUUACUUUGUCGGAUUAA